AGUAUCUUAGCUUCAAGGUCUGUCUGCACAUGUUUAGACCAUUUGAAUGAAUAGAACCUGUUAGCACUGCCAUCUAAACUCUGUGUAAUGCUAUUCCUCUGUCUGCUCAGGCCUAAUGAAACUUGCUGGUGUUGUAAACUGAACUUGUUUUUCACAGCAGCCUGUAACAGUUUGCUUUCUCCUUUUACAUGUUUUUAAUGAGCUGUGGAAAAAGUGUUUCAUUCAAAUGUAUCACAUUAUGAAGAUAAUGUUUAGAAGCGUAAUUUCCACAUUUCACAUCAUAAUGGAAUUUGAUAUGUUUAUGUGGAACAAACUUUCCAGUGUUGUCAGAUCUUAUUCUCUCACUUUUGUAUAUCUGUACAUUAUACAAUGUGCUGUUUUUCAUUCUAAACCAAUUCUAAAAUAAACUCUGCUUUUUCUGAUGUUUGUACAAAACCUGUACUUUCAUUUACAUAGUUCAAAUAUAUGCAAUUUAUCUUUCUUUUAUGAUUUCAUGAUUCCUUGUAUUUGUAAGUACUCUGCAAAUGGGGAGAUCAAAGUCAUUCAUGUACUCAUCUCUCAUCUUGUUUUUGUGUAACUGUUUCCUUAGGACAAUAAAUGAGACAGCACAUCUUGAAAUUGAAAUGAAAGUCAUUGAGAAUUCUUGUCAGAUUCCAAAAGUACAUUUGAGAUAUGUACAUUUGGGACAUUUCUGAGAAAACCGCACCAACACCUCUUUGCAGGUUUAAAGCAAUGCGGAGGAAACAGCAAAACCCAGAGUUCACGUUACCAGAAAUGAGCUCCGCUGCAGGAUUUGACACAAAAAGCAAGCAAUGCAUAUUGGCAGGAUGACAUGUAAGCUUGGGGCGCAGCACAAGAACAUACACAUUCAGGAGCAGUGAUUUUGGCCAAAAAUGUGACUGGCUUUAAAGACUUCUGAUAGCUAAACUAUGGAGGAAAUUCUUAUGUGACUUUCCACAAGAAAAAUUAAAUCAGGAGCCAAAAGGUGCCAUCAUAAACUCUACCACCAUGUCAUAUAACGAGACCCUUAACUACUCAGACACUUAUGACUAUGAUUACAAUUAUACCUGCGAUCAGGAUGCAAGUUCAGAUUUCUACAUUGGAUCCAUGGUCUUAACAGUGCUUUGCUAUGUGCUGUUUUGUGUUGGCAUUCUAGGAAACAGCACUGUCCUGUGGGUCCUCCUGCGGCAUGUUAAGCUCAGAACUAUGACUGAUGUAUGUCUUCUCAACCUGACUCUGUCUGACCUCUUAGUGGCUGUAUCACUGCCCCUCUGGGCCUACAGUUCCCAGAACCUCGGCUUAUGCAAAAUAAAAACAGGAGUUUAUCAGUUAGGCUUCUACAGUGGGACCUUGUUCGUGACCUUCAUGAGCGUGGACCGCUACCUGGCCAUCGUCCAUGCGGUGGCAGCCAUUCGAGCCCGGACACGUCGCUACGGCAUCACAGCCAGCAUCAUUAUUUGGGCGAUAUCUGUCACUAUGGCAACCCCUCGGGUUGUAUUUGCCUCCUUGGAGUCUAUUGAUAACACCUCAGAGUGCCAGCCCAUCUAUCCAGAAGCAACUGAGCAUUUCUGGAAGUUGCAGCGCAACUUCAGCGAGAACACAGUGGGCCUUUUUCUGUGCCUUCCCAUCAUGAUUUUCUGCUAUGUGAAAAUCCUCAUUGUGCUGUCAAAGUCCAGGAACUCCAAUAGGAACAAGGCUGUGAAGCUGAUUUUCAUCAUAGUGUGUGUGUUUGUGGUGUGCUGGGUUCCCUAUAAUGUUACAGUUUUUUUCAAAACACUGGAGGAGUUUGAAAUAAGCCUGGGACCCGACCCCUGUGUGAGUUCAAAAACCCUCAACACUGCCAUGAGCAUUGCCGAGAUUAUCGCGCUGUCCCACUGCUGUGUAAAUCCAGUGAUCUACGCAUUUGUAGGAGAGAAGUUUAGGAAGUCAUUGAACAAGGUGAUGGUUAAAUACCUUGGCUGGAGUUACCAAAGCAGUGGUCCUUACAGCCACAGGGAUACCACAGACAAAGAAACCUCCAACACACCUGUGAGAUCAGAGUAUUAAAAAUGGGUCAUGUGCUUUGCUGAUGGGUGUAACUGUUUCUGCAGCACUGGAUUUUUUUUUUUUUUGAAACUGAGAGACUACAAAGAUCACAAAUUACAUGUGUGUGUGUGUGUGUGCGCGUGUGUGUGUGUGUGUGUGUGUGUGUGUGUGUGCGUGUGUGUGUGUGUGUGUGUGUGUGUGUGAGCGCACGUGUGUGUGAAUACAUCUGUGGUUAGUACUUCUGAGUGGUGUAAAACAAUUCUCCAAACCAAUUUGCAGUUACAAUCAUUUAUUUUUGAAAGUGCUUAAAACAAAACACAUGCAUCAAAACAUAAAUGUCAUGUUUAUUCACAGUUU